AAUAAAAAAAAACCUCUAUUAACAGUUCAGUUCUGCCGAAGCAGACCAACCUAACCUAUAAUAUCGUUUUAGCAUAAAAUACAAGAGUAUUUUGUUCCGUUUCUGCUUUAUUAGGCUGAGUUUAUAGUCAGAGGAUUUAAGUAAUAUAUACUGAAUUUGAUCUUUUGUGAUCCUUUGAAGAUUUUACUUUAUUUUCACAUAAUUUUAGAUAGAUGGCUUUGGUUUCAAAUAUAAUCAGACAUAACAUUAUUACCAUCAACAAGAAUUAUUUAAUUAGCACUGUUCAACCUACGAGAAACUUUAAAUCUGCCUUAAAAAUAAAAUGGGUGCGUCCAGAGCCAAUUCCUUGCAUUAAACCUGAAAUGAGUGGGGAUUUGGCACCUUUAGGUACAUUGGACAUGACUCAGUACCCUACAAAGUACAAGUCUUCCAAAGAAUUACAGAGUGCUGAGGAAAACGUCCAGAGAAUCCACACUUUGGAGUUUUUUCAUCGUAAUGUUCUUAAAGAAGAAUUUCUAACGCAAUAUAUCGAUCGGGUUAAAGCCCAUCAGCUUGAUGAUAGCUCUCCAGAAGUAAAACUUGCAAAGCUGACGGUGACAAUAAGGAAUCUACAAAUCCAUAUGGCAAAGUUUCCUACUGAUAAAGUCAACAAAGUUCGCCUCAAAGAAUCUAUAGAUAAAAGAAACAAACAUCUAACACGCCUUCGAUUAAAAGAUUACAAGAAGUUUGAGUGGCUGCUAGAAAAGUUGGAUCUGCAAUAUAAAGUCAUUGGAUUUGGAUGUAAUGAGAGAGUGGAAAGGAAGAAGUCUCUGCGCCGCUUAACAGCACUUUUUAUUGAAAAGUUAAAAGCUGAACGUCUUGCAGAAUACAAAGCUUUUCUUGAUUCUCAGAAAGAGAGCUUCUUGAAGGAAAAGUUAGAAAAAUUUAUUUGGAUGAAGAAGAGUGAAGAAGAAUUUGGUGUAACCCCAACAAUAACAGAGUCAGAUAUUGAAACUGUAAGAAAACAGUUACAAGAUUUAUUACAAGUCAACAAACCUAAGCCUGUAGCUGAAUAAAGUAUGCUCUUGUUGUAUUA